AUGGCAAUCAAUUCUUCGGCAAAUAGCUCCCCGCCUUCAUUUAUGUCCACCACACAACGUCUCCCUCAUCAUCAACAUCAUCAUGAGCAUUUCAGAAGAGUAUCAGGAAUAUUUCAUUUGCCGCACGUUAUUUCUUCACGGCGUUCAUCCAACACUUCAAAAGCUUCAAUACGGCAUCUAAGCACUUCUUCAGCAUUCAACGAUUCCAGAGAUACAGUAGAGAGUUCUCGCUCAUAUAUUAAUUCAACUGCUGAGGAAUCAAGCGGUACGAUGGUGCCUGAGACUUUAAAAUUUGAUCAUAUCCAGAGAAGAGGAAGAAAGCCUCCCCCAUUGACAAUUGAUGUGCCGCCUGAUGCUUCCGAUCGUGUCAGUCUACCAGCACCAAGCAUAAAUAAUGUGGAAUUCAACAAUAUUCGAGGAUUACCAACUGAGCCCCCGUCUUCGUUUCAAAGACAUCGUUUAUCUUUAUCUGGUAUAUCCCAGAAACAAGGAACCGCUCAAUCAAACGCCAUUUCAAAGCAGCAUCGUGGUACUUUGUAUGGGAGACUUCGAAGCAAAACACAAAAUGCUCUUCAUAUCAAAGAUGAUAUUGGCUCUCUUUCCGCAAAUAGAUCAAAUGAGGAUAAAAGUUCUGGCAGUACAAGUUAUAGCAGUACAGUAGUUGAGCCGUUCGCCAAUUCCUCAUCAUCAUUGGUAAGACAACAGCCAAUAAAGAAGCUUCCUGGUCUUAAAACCUCAUCAUCUACCACUCGAUUUGGCAACUUGUUGACAAGGACUGCCAGUAGAUUUCAUCGACAAUCCACAAUGGAUUCCAACAAAGGUUCCAUUUUCAAUAUUAAAUCGAAUAACUCAUCUGCAACUUUAGGAGAGAAGAACUAUUCUGACACGGCAACACUGCUGAAUGUCCAAAACUUGAAGGGUCACGACAAUUUAUCCAUUCAAACAUCGCUUCUUCCAUCCGUUUCAAAGGAUACGAAAUCACCGCUUGCUAGAACCUCCAAAGAAGUCGAACGAAUAGCGGCUUAUAGAUUAAACAAUGGCUCAUCCGACACACUACCAGGAAAAGUUCAAGCCGCCACACAACCAGCAAAGAACUGGAUGAAGGCGCAUUCGCACAUGUACCUACUUAGGUCACGUAAAGAUUCGUUAAAGUCAUCUUCAAAUUCCAAUUCGAAGGUAACUCGUAGAGGACAAGCUGAAACAAGAUACUCUUUUCGUCCGUCGGCGGCAAAUAAUACAUUUUCCACAAAUGAUCUUCAAUCUGUUCUAAAGGAGUUAGAAGAAUUGGGUACUGCCGAUGCUUCUAGGAAAAAUAUGAAUUCGGAAGACUAUGAUGCAUUUAGCAUUGACAGAGAAAACGUUGCAGACGAGUCUUGGGCAAUUUUUUGUUCUUUAGUUAACCCUUUAUUCAAAGGAGAUAGGCUAAAGGCUCCAAUGGAGAAGAUCAACAAACUAGUUUACCUUUAUCAGAAGUUGCGCUCUCCCGGAAAUAUCGAAAGCUCAAAUAAUGCCAUGCAAUGGAAUCAUAAUGAAGCAUCUGUUCAAAGUACGGCAAUGAGUAUGGAUUCAUAUAAUAAUCGCUUAAGCUCCUCUCCUUAUACUCCUAUUACUGCGCCGUCACCAACAUUUGGUUUUCCGAGUAAUACAUCAUCUCCCGCUGAGACUAAUGAUGUAUUAAAUACAAAUUGUGUAAAUGGAAGUAGACGGAUUUACGAGGAGGUUCAAGAAUUUCUUAAGGUUGGUAUGACAACAACACUAUCCUUACUUUACUACGAUCAAAAUGAUAAAAUCAUGAAGAUACGAUCCCUGCCAGGAUCCGAAUGCACAAACAAUAGUCGAUCAUUCACAAACACCGCCGAUAUGAGUUUCUCUUCAUAUCUAUCAGAUGAUAACUUUGAGAAAAGUUGUUUACUGCUUUGGAAUUUGUUCUACAGAAAAAUAUACUUUUAUCUUCAAGGAGUAUUUUUGCCAAUCAACAAAAACGAAGCAAAAGCAUCCGCACUGGGUGGCUAUAACAAUGGAUCAGAUCAGACGAUUUCAGAUAAUGACGUAGUUAUGUCGGACCUGAUUCUUGCGGCUUUCAGGGAUCAGGUGAUUAUUCCUUUAUACCAGGUCAAUAGACAAGUGGAAACGGAAAAUGAAAGAAAACGAGAGCAUGAUGGUGUCAUUGGUGCAAUGGUAUCAAAUGUUAACUUUCGGGAAACUAGAAUCGUUGAUAAUUUUGAAGACGCGGACAAAUCCGACAACACCGCCAUAGUGAAUGCGGACAAGUCUACAAGUCCGAAUGACGAUGAGAAAGCAAAUGAAAAUAGCACGGAUUCAAAUUACUUGCAAGGCACUGAUUUACUUAGAUGUUUCACCAUACUUAAUGGGGUACAGACGCAUGACACAAACCAGAAGAUUAUAGAGAAUCUCAUGCAGCAAAUGAGAGAAAGAUGUUUAAUGCAUAGAUCGUCUACGAGAAAUGAGCAAGACACAAGUGAAAAUGAUGACGAUCAAGAUUAG